AUGGUAAGGUGGGACUUUGAAGUAUGGCUCAGUGAUUCAGACGAACGCGCUUCGCUUUGUUAUAAUAACAGAUAAUGGAGUAGUAAUUAGAAUUAACGGAUCGUACAGAUGUCAUAAAUAUUAUAAAAUCAUAUUACCAUGAUAUAAAGAAGCAUGAAUACUUGGCAAUAUCGACAAUUGCUUGAACGACGUGGUUUAGUGAACAUGACUGCUAUAAUACAAAAAAAUACAUUCACUGGUUACUACUGAAGGACAACAUUCACUAUAUUCAUAGUUUUCAUUAUGUACUAGACAUCAUGUCGUACUCCAUUAAUAGAAGACCCUUAUUAGGGGGUGUAUCUGACAGUGAAUUUGAAGAUGAUUUAGAAACAGAACUUGAUGAUCCAAAUGUAUCUAUACCUGACGAAAAACCAUUUUUAAAACAAGAAGAGCCACUUGACAGAUAUAACUUUGCUUAUAUAGUUUUUUACCUACUUGGAAUAAAUAUAUUAAUUCCAUGGAGUUUUUUCAUCACUGCAGAUGAUUAUUGGAUGUACAAAUUUCGACAAAUUCAUGAGAAUGAUACUAGAACUUUUAAUUAUAAUUAUACAGAAAAUUUAGAAACAAAGACAGAUCUUCAAGCUAGUUUUACUUCUUAUCUGAAUGUAGCAAGUGCUUUACCAAAUACGUUAUUUCUAAUACUAAAUACAUUUAUCAGCAAAACAAUACCUUUAAGAACAAGAAUGGUAGGAUCUCAAUGUAUUAUUCUUCUAUUAUUUAUCAUGACAACUGUAUUUGUGAAAAUAAACACAGAUAAAUGGCAAGCUACAUUUUUAGUAAUUACUUUGACUACUGUAGCAUUUGUUAAUGCUGCAAGUGCAAUUUUUGGAGGUAGUUUAAUGGGUAUAGUUGGACGUUUUUCUCCAAAAUAUAUAACUGCUAUGUCUGGGGGCCAAGCUUUAGGAGGCAUCUUUACAGCUUUAGCAGAAGUGAUCUCUCUUUGGAUUGGUGCUAGUCCUGUACUUUCAGGCUUAAUGUAUUUUAUUAUUGGAGAUACUAUAUUGCUUCUAUCUUUAAUUGCUUAUAUAAUUUUAGAAAAAGCAGCAUUUUUUAAACAUCACAUGCUGGAUAAGUUUCCUGAACGUAUAGAUUCAGAUUUUUCUGUUAAUGCAGAAGUAAUGUUUUCACAAGUACAUACAAUUUCUUAUUUAAACAUUAUUAAAAAAAUUUGGCAUUAUGGUAUUAGCGUAUUUCUUGUAUUCUUUAUAUCCGUCACAGUUUAUCCAGCUAUAACUGUGUUAGUAGAAAGUGAAAAUAAAGGAAAGGGAUACGCUUGGAAUGAUAUAUACUUUGUACCUGUGGUAACAUAUCUAAUUUUUAGCACAGGUGAUUAUGUUGGUAGAGUUUUAUCAGGCAUUUUUCAAAUGCCUAAAAGUAAACCAUACCAUGUCAUGCUUUUAAGUAUAACAAGAGUUAUUUUUAUACCAGCUUUAAUGUUUUGUAAUGCACAACCAAGACAUAAUUUACCUGUUUAUAUCCACAAUGAUAUUUACUACAUUUUAAUAACUAUUUUAUUUGCUGUAACUAAUGGAUAUUUGUGUAAUUUAUCAUUUAUAUUAGCUCCAACAAUGGUAAACACACAAGAAAAAGAAAUUGCAUCUGCGAUGAUGGGGGCUUUCCUUGGUAUAGGAUUAACAACCGGUGCAGCUCUUAGCCUUUACAUGGUUAAAGCUUUGUAAUAUAACUAAGAGAGAAUUUAGUACAUUUGAAGAUAAUCAUUUCAUAUAAAUAUUAUCAAAUAUCAUUGUAAGUACAUUUUAUAAUUUCCUAUACGAUACAUUGCUCUAUUUUAAAACAUGGUUUUCAGGGUAUUAUGACAAAAUAUAUUACUAUUAUCACAAUUUCAAUGUAGUUAGUGAUUAAAUAGUAACUAUUAUUUAUUGAUAAAAGAAAAAUAUGAGAAGCAAAUGCAGAGAUAUUUGUACAAUAAUAGAAAUAUAAGUAUCAAUGGUGGUUUCCAUAAUAUUUAAAAAUAGUAAUAUUUUAAUGUAGUAAAAAAACAAUUGUAGAGUAUUGUCGUUUCUUAUAGAUAUUUAAAAAAGUGUUAAGUGCAUCACAUUUUUAUGAUUCUUUGACAAAAUUUAUAUGAAUGUUUUCAUAUGGUAAUUUUAUAAUAUUGUCACAAGUAAAACUUUUAUAAAUAUACAUAAAAACUUGUAUAUGUCUCUCAGUAGUGGUAUAAAAAUUUCAGUAUAAAAUAUCGAAAUUAUAGUCACAUAAAUCAGCUUUUAUUAAUACAUUCUUGUUCGAAUGUCUCGUGUACAGAGUCUAUAUUAUAACUAAGUGAUAUAAAGUAAAGAAGAAAAUAGUUACAGAAUAUAUCGUUAUUUGCACAUUUUAUUAUUUACUCUCUAUAUCGUAAUUCAAAAAAUGUGUAUAUAGUUUGCUAUGUAUUAGAUUAAUUUAAAAUAUUUAUAGAAUAAAUAUGAUGAUAUUAUUUUUCGUUC